AUGGCGUACUCAAAUAUAAGUUCACAUCCACGAACAACAUAUUCAGGUGUUUCUCAAGAUAGUAUUCCAUAUAAAAAGCCAACAUAUUCAUUACAACAACCAACAUAUUCACAUGCCGAAGAACGCCAUAUUUAUGAAGAACAACCACACUAUUCCAACGAACAAAGUAUCGCUAUAAAUAAUCGACCAGGUGGACAGGUUCAAUACCACGUCAAAGUGAACGUAACAUAUAAUAAUGGUGAUGGUGACUUUAAUCGAUCAAUGCAUACAAAUACAAAAAUUAGUAAUGGUAAUUCACCAUAUCAAUUUGAUUCACUUGCUGGGGAUCGAGAACAAUUUUCAUGUAGCAAUUGUAAUCGAAGUUUAUCUGGUUCACGAUACAUACUCAAAGAUGAGCAUCCAUAUUGUAUUAAAUGCUAUGAAGAUCGUUUUGCUAAUGCAUGUGAAGAAUGCCGAAGAAAAAUUGGAACCGAUUCAAAAGAUCUUUCCUAUAAAGAUCGUCAUUGGCACGAAAAAUGUUUUUUUUGUUCAAUGUGUAAAACACCACUUGUUGAUAAACCAUUUGCUUCUACAAAUGAAAAACUUUAUUGUGGAGAAUGUUAUAAUCAACAAUUUGCUUCACGUUGUGAUAAAUGUCAUCAAAUCUUUAAACCAGGAUCUAAAAAACUUGAAUAUCAUGGGCAACAAUUUCAUGAACAUUGUUUUACUUGCUAUUCAUGUUCACAACCGAUUGGUACAAAAAGUUUUAUUCCAAAAGACCAAAAAAGUUAUUGUGUUCCAUGUUAUGAGCAACAUUUCGCGACAAAAUGUGUUCGCUGUCUAAAGGUGAUAAACCAAGGUGGUGUCACAUAUAAAAAUCAACCAUGGCAUCGUGAAUGUUUUACAUGCACAAAUUGUAAAAAUUCUUUAGCUUCUCAACGUUUUACAUCACGUAAUGAUCAACCUUAUUGUGUUGAUUGUUUUGCUCGAUUGUUUGCUAAAAAAUGUUUUGCAUGUAGUAAACCAAUAACUGGCGUUGGUGGUACACGUUAUAUAUCAUUUGAAGACCGUCAUUGGCAUAAUGAUUGUUUUGUUUGUCAACGUUGUCGAACGUCACUUGUUGGCCGAGGUUUUCUUACUGAAGGACCUGAUAUUCUUUGUCCUGAUUGUGGUAAACGUGAACACUAUCAUGAGAGAGAAAAUAAUGAUUAUACUACUGACCAUCGUACUGUUAUCAGUUAUCAUCAUAGAACAAAUUGA